AUGGCGUCCUUCUCCAACACACCUCCCGAUAUCAUCGAGGAAAUCAUCAACGCUCUUAGUGAUGACAUUAACGCUUUGAAAGCAUGCUCACAGACCUGCUCAUCACUUCUCCCGUCGUGUCGCAAAUGCCUCUUUCGAACCAUCCAUAUCACUCCUCGUUCCUAUCCCCAACGAAGCCUUCCACGCCUCAUCACAUUAUUCGGCACUCUUCUCGACACUAAUCCAGGAAUUUCAGAUCACGUUCAGAACUUUGUAUACCGCAUCUGCACGCCUGAUGUCGACGAUGAUGAUGUGUUGAGGGUAUUGGGGAGGCUUCGACGCAUACAGUCUUUCGAGCUGGGAGCUCGUGACCGCGUUAUAUCGUGGAAGGCACUACGUCAGCCGUUUCGCGAUGCUUUACUGCGUCUAAUCCACUCGGGCUCCAUUUCUCGUUUGGAAAUAGCUAAUAUCCAUGAUUUCCCGAUUAACGCUUUCUUCCCUUGCGUCAACUUGGUCGACCUCACUUUACUUCGCGUCACGGGUUCUGCAGUGGGAAUUGACGACGAUGAACAGGGGGAGGAGGUUUUUGUCCCGAAAGCCGCACCACGGCUUCGAUCGUUCGCUUUCAGUUCGGGGAGCGGCCAACAUGUUCUUCACCUUCUCAAAGACAGACGGUCCAACGGCAAUCCUGUGCUGAAUUUUUGUAGCGUUCGGAGGCUGAGUGUCAAGGCGGAGAAUGAGCAGGAUUCGGUGGUAAUCCAGGCGUUGAUCAGGGCCACGCAAAAGGUCGAAGUUAUUGAAUACACUGUGAACGGGUUAAUCAACGGAUACGCAGGUCUCGCCGUGGCAUUGAUGAACACCUCGUCUCUAUCAACCUUGAGAAAGUUGCGCCUUGAAUACGUCAUUGUUCAAGACGAUCGAGAUCCCUUGUAUGGACUCUGCGAGGAGUUUAGAGGUCUCUCCGGGCGCGAUAACGUGAUUGAAGAAGUUUCCCUGGAAGUUGCUUUUCAAAAGGGUCAUUGUAACGCUGAGACCUUUGAAUGGGGAAGGUUGGACGCCGCACUCAAACAUGGGUUCCCAAUGCUUCGCCACGUUUCCCUUAACAUUGCGGUCGGGGUUCUCUCAUUUUAUGGUGCUGGUGAGAUCUUGCAGAGAAAAACACCCAACCGCCUGCCACGGACACACCUUCCCCAAGCCACAUUGACCAAUCUAUGGCAACGAAGAUGUGGUGUAGAGAGUGUCGAAGUUCCGGAUGCAGGAACACAAGCGACCUUGUGCGGAAAGCCCUUGUCUGGCGCAUUCCCAUCCAACUUGAACUUGAUCGAAGAAUCCCCCGCCAGUCAACCGCCAGUUCAGGUCCUUGCGCAGCACUUGUUGAAAGUAUUAAAUGUCUACCCUGAGCGCCCUAGUACUCAUUCAAACGAGCAUGUCUCCUGCUUCGUCGCCAUCUCGCGGCUUGUUAGAUUCAGCGGCUACUGUUAUGCUUCAACUCCAUACAACGAGACCAAGGGCGGAUACAGUGGGAGAGAUGUUACAUCUCGGUAUUCGUGGCUAGACCUGGACGUUUAUUCCUACCUGCAAAACCCUUUCACGCAACCUGUCCUUCACUCCAGUUCGCACUGCGAUGGAACUGCCUCCUUCACGGUCAAUGCGCUACGUUCAUAUGCAAACCGUCUCUCUAUACCUCCACAUCGUCGUUUUGUUCCUUCUGUGGCGUUUCUGUCUGGCGUCUACGUGGAUGAACACACUCAUUUAUACGUGCCCAUUGCUUCCCCAGGGCCCUAUCUCUCGCUUCUGAAUACAUUGGUGACGUCUUAA